GUUGUAAAGCAAAUAUGAUCACAAUUAAUCUUAGGAAAUAUAUGAUGAGAAUAUUUGGAUGCUGUUUGUUGUUAAUACCUUUCGUUACGGGAUACAACAUGCAAGCUUUGUCAGGUAUAAAAACUCAAACAUUUACUAAAAUAAAUUGUCAAGAUGGAUCGACUUCAGUAUUACCUGGCUAUACAACGGUCAGGUGUAGGUCCUCUAUAAGAUGCGCAGGUGAAUGCAUAAAGACAACCUGUAAAUCGUAUAGGUAUGAUAAAACUACGUCAGAAUGUCAGCUAAGCUAUGGUGACCUUGAUGUCGAAAAAGAUGAUUGGUUCUGCGCACCAUUCAACCAAGUCAAUCACUGUUUCCCUCCAUUUCUAAACUUUCGUGGUCAUUGCAUCAUCCACAAAAGACGGAGGAAUCCCUUGAAUACGUAUGGAGACAUUAAACAAGAAUGCACGGAUAUUGGUGGACAACUGUACCGGAUUGAGCAGUUACAAUUCCUUCGAACACAUAUUCUUAAGACCUACGCCUUUGAAAAUUUCCUUCGAAAUUACGCUAUUCAAGGACGACCAUUCUACGACUUCUUGAUGUUGUGGCUGACUGACGACAACAUGAUAGCGGCGGACUCGCUUUUUAUUUUUGGAGAUAUUCUUGCGGUCGACGGCUUUGCUCUUAUUGAGACCGGUAUUAACGUAGCAGAUGUGAAUGGCGUUAUUUGUGAACCAACAACGUCAAUUUAUUAGACCUCUUAAUUACUUAAAGUGUGUCUGAUUUUUUUUUCCCAAUUUGAUCAUUUACAUAGUAAAUUGCUUUGUAUUUUAUUUCUCUCCUU